CUUGUUUCUGGUAUACGGCACUGGACCAGUUGAUCGUCAACUGAGCCCGUUGGAUUUGUUUGUAUCGAUCGCGACCGACAAGUCUUCCAACACAGACAAUGGAGAGAGGGGACACCCAGCAAGAGCUACCUUCCUGGUACCAGGACACCCGUAAGAAGGGCAUCAGCGUAGCAGGCAAUGCGCUUUUCACCAUCUUGCGACUCGCAGACCUGCCCCUCCAGUACUAUCUACUCUCGUCUGGACUAGGGCUAAGAGCAGUGCGUAAGCUGGGAGGUACAACCAUCUCGAGUCCAGUCACAUCGCCAGCGACUGCGAUCGGCCUCUCACCAUACCACACCCUUGUGUUUGGACUUGCAGUAGGUUCUGCCACGAAACAAAUCUACUGGUGUUUGGGCGUAGCAGACAACAAAUUCGAUCCGGGUUUCUCGACUAUGGUUGCUGUUUAUAACACAGUCUUGAACACGCUCAACACACUCUUGUCACUCUGGGCUAUUAGCUCAAAUCGACCAGCUUUUGCUGAUACCUGGGGUGAGCUCUUCACAUCCAAUUCGACCGUGGUGUUUGGUGCUGCAUUAUAUGGACUUGGACUUUGGACCGAGUGGUGGUGCGAAGUACAGCGCAAGCGAUUCAAGCAGAACCCAGCCAACAAAGGCAAGCUCUGUACUGAGGGACUGUUCGGGCUAGCGCGUAAUAUCAAUUAUGGCGGCUACACUCUGUGGAGAGCAGGCUAUAGCAUUGUAUGCGCGGGACUGCCUUGGGGCGUCGGCAUGUUCGCGUUUCUGGCUGGAGACUUCGCUGGACGAGCCAUACCAUAUCUGGAGACGUACCUCGCCAAAAAGUAUGGAGAGCAUUGGCGCCAGGUUAAGAAGGAGGUACCAUACAAGCUGUUUCCCUAUGUUUAUUGAAUAAUCUCGGGAUGUGGAGGAGGACAAACCAUUGAGGGACGGCCGUUGGGCAGCGAGAUGAAUGAUAAACUGAUACCAGCUAUAUUAUUCGAAUGUGAUAAUUAGCUGGAUCGAAGCUGCACGGUUAAACUGUUCCGCGACCAAUCACAGGCUGUCGGGCGGGAAAGCUAUCGCGCUGUAGGCUGCCAGGAACCUGUGGGUUGCCGAGCACAAGGACUUGUUACAAUGACGAUGGACUGCUUUGUCGCUGUCCAGGAAUGGAAGAAAUGAUGAUUGACUAUGGGAAAC